CCCAAGCUUGCUGGAGUCUUUUGUAACCGCUCAGCCGCACAGGUGGACGUGUGAGGAUUUGUGCCAAAUAGUUUUGGUUUAGAGGGAGGGGUGGGAGUGCAUUCUUAUAACGUCUCUUGGAAAGGCUUAAUUUUCCUUUCAUGAAUCAGUGACAAUGCAGUGCCUCAACCACAAAGCCAAGCACUUCUCUUGUGUGUCUUGAAGGACACGGCUGUGCUGCCCUGACAGGCUGGAACGCAGAAGAAAACUGAAAACCGGGAGACCUGUGACACAAGAAGAUACGCUCAAAAGAAAAGAAAAGCUCUUGGUUGGUGUGCAAGAGGGAAUCUGCCCACUCCAAACUCUGAUGAAAAUAUGGCAAGUAGUGAUGAUGAUCUGAUUGGGAUCCCUUUCCCAAACCACAGCAGUGAAGUUCUGUGCAGCCUUAAUGAGCAAAGGCAAAAUGGGCUCCUAUGUGACGUCCUUCUCAUUGUCAAAGAGCACGAGUACUACACGCACCGCUCUGUCUUGGCUGCCUGCAGCAAGUACUUUCAAAAGCUCUUCACUGUGGGCUCCUCAGGUGAACAGCACAACGUUUAUGAGAUUGAUUUUGUUACCCCGGAAUCCUUGGGCGCGAUCUUAGAGUUUACUUACACCUCCACAUUAACUAUCACUGCCUCUAAUGUUAAGGAAAUCCUCAAUGCUGCUCAGAUGCUGGAGAUUCCAUGUGUAAUUAAUGUGUGCCUUGAAAUUAUGGAGACACAUAGGGAGGCUGAUGAAGAAGAAGAUGAGGAAGAGGACGAUGAGGAAGAGGAUGAAGAGGAAGAAGAAAAUGCAUCUGUAGUUAUAGAGCCACAGGAAUCAGAGAAAACAGCCAUUGCACAGAACAGUUGCCCAAGCACCUCUAACCCAGAGCCCACACCUGAAGAAGAUUUUUGCAUGGACAAAUCAAGGGACUUCAAAAUUGUUAAACAGUUUACUGAUAAACCAAAGGAGCAAGGAGCCACAUGUCUGGAUGGUGGAACAUAUGGACCCCUACGAGACUUCUCCAUCGAAUCUCUAUUGCAAGAAGGGCUUUAUCCAAAAAUAAACCUGCCUGACAGCAGACCGAACUUUUCCCCGCUUGUGCCCAGCUUUUUUCCACCCAUGUGGUCUGGGGAGUUUGCUGCCUUUCCUCAGAUUCUUGACCACCGCCAUCAAGAAAUGGAAAGUGGUCCUCUGGAUCUGGUGAUUAAGAAAGAGAAAAUUAAAGAGGAGCUGAAAGAUGAACUCCAACCCAAUGGCUUUCCCAGUGAAUUUUUUAAAGACCUAAUUGGCCUGAGUUCUAGAACUCAGCUUGGACCCAUUAAAGAAGAGAGUGACUUCAGCACUUACCUGAACUUUUUAAGUGCCACCCAUCUUACUGGACUCUUUCCACCGUGGCAACUUGAGGAAGAAAGAAAAAUGAAACCCAAAGCCUCCCAGCAAUGCCCUAUUUGUAACAAGGUGAUCCAGGGAGCAGGAAAACUGCCUCGGCAUAUGAGGACGCACACUGGAGAGAAGCCAUACAUGUGCAAUAUCUGCGAGGUUCGGUUUACCAGGCAAGAUAAACUGAAGAUCCACAUGCGAAAGCACACAGGUGAAAGGCCAUACAUCUGCAUCCACUGCAACUCUAAGUUUGUGCACAAUUAUGAUCUGAAGAACCACCUGCGCAUUCACACCGGUGUGCGGCCCUACCAGUGUGAGCACUGCUAUAAAAGCUUCACACGCUCUGACCACCUUCAUCGCCACAUCAAGAGGCAAAGUUGCCGUGUCUCCCGCCCAAGGAGAGGCCGAAAGCCAACUGCCUGGCGUUCCACCAGUCUGCUAUACUCUCAGAGUAAUCACCAUAAUGCUCCAGAAGAAAUGGGAGCCCGGCACCUACCACCUUCACUUGGAAUGGCCAUCUCGGACCCCAACGAAAAAUGCUUUCUGGAAAGCCAUCUACACGCUCGAAAUGCCUUGAGCCUGAGCAUGGACAAUCUGGACAGUAGGCUACAGGCUACUGAAGUAAAACUACCAGAAAGGAAUCAUAUUUUGGAGGCAGAGAAAAAUCAAGGGAUUUUUGCUUUUGCUUUGACUCAUGAGAACAGCCUUCCACACCGGCCUUUCUUUUCAAGUGCAAACGACACUUGGGGAAUGAGACUCGGUCACGCAACUCCCAUUCCAGAAGCCACCAACUGAAAAAAAAAAAAAAGAAAAAAAGAAAGAAAUUUGUGGGUUUUGCCUCUUCUGAGCAAGACAUAAAUAUUUUAACUGAAAUCCAAAAUUGAAAUAUUGAAAAACAAUCAUUGCAAUGAUGCACAAUCUAAAACUACUAAUGUUAUUCAGCCAUGGAGAUCUACUCAGAGAAAAACGGCAUUUGAUUGGCAUCAAAGCAAAACUGCUAACCAUGGAGAAUAAACUUACCCUAAGUUUGGGUAUAAAGGUUAUUUAUUGGCAUCAGAGUUAAAAAAAAAAAAAACAAACACAUUACAUAACAUUAUUAAAAAAAAUUGAAUGUUCUUAAUACUGUAGACCAGUGGCAUUAUUUCAGCUUUUGCGCCCUAAAUGCAUUAAAAUGUAUCAUGGGCAUGUGCAGCAUUUUUAUAGGACCAACAGAAGCCCCCCCAAAAGUUGCAUGUUUUCACAUUUAUACCGCCUAUGCGAUUGUGUGUCUCUGUUCAAAACAGGAUUUGUAUCAGUGUGCAACUUGUGACAUUUAUAGCAUUCCCUGGUUCAACGCACGUUAAUUUCUGCAAAUCAGGAAAACAGAGCGAUCCGUCAAUAUGCUUUUAUGUGCAAUGCAUUUAUUGUGAACAAUUGUUUUUCAUAAUGUUCUCAAAAACUAAAAGACUGUUUUUGGGAGAAUGUUUGUUUGUCUCGCCUUCUUGAGUGUUUCCCCCCAAAUACCCGCAAUGCUGGAAAAUAUUUAAUCAGAAUCUGUGACCUUCAUUCUUUGUCUAAAUCAACGUAUAGUGUUGCUUCUGCUAUAAGUCAGCCUUUUCUUGGAAAGUUAGAAUUAUUUAAGAACACAACACACACACACAGACACACACGCACACACAGACACACACACACAGACACACACGCACACAGACACACAGACACACACACAACAGGGUCAUCUAUGUAGGAUUCUUACUUUAUCAGUCCUCUUGCAUGGGUAGCUGCAAUGGAAACUCAGGGGCCACAUUGAUUAUCUUUAUGUUAGUCCACUUCAUUGUAUUAAACAGAAACACAUUGCACAUACAGUAUGUACGUUUGCAUCUGACUCAUAAAAUCACAUAAAUCAAAUAUUCCAUGUUUGUACAGAUCGUGCAUGUGGGUAAGGCAUAUUAACCAGGCACAAAUGCAUUGGUAAGUUUUCACUGCACUGAAAAAAUAAAAACAUAUCUCUUCAACAACAACAACAACAUUUAUUUCUAUAGCACAUUUUCAUACAAAC